AUGCAGAGCCCGACCUUGCGGAGAGAUUUCACGCGGCUGCUGAAGAAGAUCAUCUUGUUUGAGCAUGCUUCAGAUGCCUUCCGUCAAUCCCUGUGUGAUGCGGUAAUACCCUUCGAGUAUGCGCGGGGGGCUUCCAUUUACAAGCAAGGCCAAGCAGGAGAUUGGAUGUGCAUCCUGCUCUCUGGUAGACUCGAAAAAACGAUUGUCCGAAAUCCAUCUUCACCGCCAAUUGUGAUAGGUGAAAUUGCACCUGGCGGCAUUUGCGGUGACAUGGGUAUGCUAGGUGUCAUGGAGUUGCGCAGCCACAGCUGUCGCUGUGCAGAAGACUCCUCGGUGCUUUUGCUGUCUCGAACAGCCUUCCAAACCCUCGUCGACAUGACAGGGGGCCUGGACGAGUACCCCCUGCUGAAGCACUUGGAGCUAAUGCAGAAUUUGACAGGCGACACGGACGCUUUCUGCAACCUACCAUUCUUUGCGAAGUUUGAGCGGGACUUUGUCAAGCACAUCUGUGAGUAUCUGGAGCCCAGGCUGUACUACCCCGGCAUGGCGGUGAUGAAGGAGGGGGAGAUGGGCUUUGAGAUGUUCAUUGUCCACAUGGGCAAGGUGGAAGUGCUGAAGGGAAGCAAGCGAGUUGCCGAGCUCGGCGGGGGAGUGGUGCUGGGUGACGUCGCAGUAUUUGGAUCAGACAAGCGCAGAACUGCCACGGUCAAGUGUAUGGAGCCAACGAUGAUCUAUGUUCUCAAUGGGGAUGUUGUGCACCACACGCUGGAACUGUAUCCGCAGACAAAGAGAGUCCACGAUCACGACUACAUUGCGCGCUUGUUGCGAUUCGAGCUAGAGAAGGUCGCCGAUGAAGUUGAGCAUUUGGAGAACUUCUAUGGCAAGUGUCACCCUAUGCCCUUGGAAGAGGUGAGUCGGGAGGUCUUCGGCAGGGACUUGAAUGCCGAAGCCUCAUGCCUUGGUCCGUUAAAAGGAUAUGGGUAG